AACGUAAACAAAAAAGAAAAGGAAAAAAGUCCCCGUCGGGGAAAGAAAUCGUGGUGUCGGUCUUUCGUAACAAUAAUAAUAUUCAAUAAUUACCAACCAUGAACGCGCUCGCCAAACUGAAAACGCUCACCCCCAGCAUCAAUCAAAUCGUGCGCACGUACGCAUUAAAAUCGGACCUCAAAAUCAAAUGGGUCCGACCGGAGAAGAUCCCGUGCUACAAGCCGGAGAAGUCGGGCGAUUUGCAGUCCCUGCCGACGUUUGCCGGCACCGAGCUGAUGAAGGAUUACCGUGACUCGAAGGAGCUGGAGUCGGCCAACGAGCAUGUGCGCAAUCUGUUCACCAUACAGCACAAUCGGCGCCGGGAGAUGGUGGAAAACUUUAAGGAGGACAUGGUGCGAAGGGUGUACCGACACGAGCUGGACUACGGUUCCAUCGAGGCACAGCUGGGGCUGAUGACGGCCAGGAUUCGCAGCUUGCAAGACUACAUGGAAAAGUUCCCCCGCCAGUCCGUGGUGAAGGUUCAGCUGAAGGAGUUGAUUGACAAACGCAAGCGCUUCCUUCGCUACCUGCGCCGAUGGGACUAUCGGCGGUUCGAGUACAUGCUGGAGAAGCUUGAUCUCGUGUACAAACCCUAUCCAACGCACUUCCACUGGAUCACACGCAAAGACUCGUUGCGCAAGCUGACCAACAUCCACUGCGACCAGAUCAAAGAGACGCGACUGGAAGAGUACCGCCGGCAGUUGGAAUCGCAACAGCUUGACUUUCUCGAGAACAAGCUGAAAACGCUAGAAUUCAUCCGCAAGGAGCAGACGGAAUGCCAGGUGCCGGUGACAGUAUCGAACGAUGAAAUCAAAGCCGUCCGCAAGCAAUACGAAGAGCUGAAGCAAAAGCGAGCGGCAGCCGCGGAAAGCUUAAAAGAGCCCGAAGAUUCGUAAAACUACCCUCUUGGGAGUGUUUUUGGUUGUUUGAGCAAGGAAGAGAAUGCGACGACCAUAGGUUUAUUCUUUUCCGUUCACUUUUAUUUGUAUAAAAAAAUACAUUAAUACGAAUAAAGUUAAUAGACUUGA